ACUAAGAGUAAUAAAGGGGAAAGAAAACAAAUUUCCCUCCCACCGAAGUAAAUAUAACGUUAAUACACGAGUUAUGUCGGAAAAUUACUAAUGCCGUUGGACAUUAUUUGGAGUAUUAGACAUCAACAUUGCCGACUUAAACAAUAAUCGCCAACAUUACAAUAGAAACUUUGACCACUUUAUUCUGACCGAAACCCGUCAGUGUGGCGUCAUCUUGACCUUUCCGUGUUAGUAGACUGUGCUAUGGGCUCGUAUCAGAGAGGUCCCGCUCCGGGCGGUGCGGCCACCGUGCCAAUCCGGUCAUCGGUAUGCCCCCGCCGCCAGAAUACUUCUACAAUCACGUUGCCCGUGCCCGACUGUCGGUCAUCCCGGAUGAGCGUCACUUCAGCUUGGAACACCGCCGCGCGCAGAGGCCCUGCCCUUGCCCACCUGGACCAGGUGGCCGCGCGACGAGAACAUGCCGCGGUGACAAAGUGAAGCGGGUCAAAAACUCGCCCGCGCGACGCGCGAGCGCGCGAACGCGUGUGCGAGUGCGAGUGCGAGUGACUGUGGGGGAGACGGCGAAGAAAGGGGGCGUAGCAGCAGCAGCAGCCAGAGCGACCCGCAGGAACCAUGGUCCAGGAAGUGUUCCGGUCGUUUACCGCGUCGGUCACCAUCGGUGACAAAGAGAAACGUCUGCCUUCCUCCGAUGGCCCGGGGGCUGUCGCUGUCGUCGAGUCUGGUACGAGCACAUCGUUUGAGGAUGCUGUCAAACUUACGGGCUAUGGCUUGUUCCACUACCUCCUCAUGGUCGUCGUCGGCGUGUCCAUCCUGGCCACCAACACGGAGAUGGUCGACAUGAGCUACGUGCUGUCGGCGGCCGAGUGCGACCUGGGGCUGUCGCAGGCCGACAAGGGCCUGCUGGGCGCCAUCACCUACAUCGGCAUCGUCUGCAGCGCGCACAUGUGGGGGGUGCUGGCCGACACGACGGGCCGGCGCCGCAUCAUGAUCCGGGCGCUGCUGGUGAACGCGGCCGUGUCCGUGUGCGCCAGCCUCGCGCCCAACUUCGCCACCCUGGUCGUGUUCAGGUUCCUCAACGGCGUCUGCGUGAGCGCCCCCGCAGCCCUGGGAUACGCCUACCUCGGGGAGUUCAACUCGGCCUCGGACAGGAACCGCGCCAUCAUCCUCGCGGGCAUCCUCGGGGCGUGCGCCGCCCUCAUCCUGCCAGGGCUCGCGUGGUCCGUGCUCCCGAUGGAGUGGUCGCUGCCGCUGUACGGCGACGUCCUCGCCUUCAAGCCCUGGCGGCUCUUCAUCCUGGUGGGGGCCUGCCCCGCCCUGCUGUCGGGCCUCUGCCUCCUGUGGUUCCCCGAGUCGCCCAAGUUCCUGCUGGCGGUGGGGCGGCGCGACGAGGCGCUCGAGGUGCUGUCGCGCGUGUACACCCUCAACACCGGCAGGGACGACUUCCCGGUACGCGAGCUGACGGAGGACACGAGCUCCAUCAUGGCCACCACGACGGACAGGUCCUUCCUGACCCUCAUGAAGAUCGUCGCGGCGCAGACGGCGCCGCUCUUCCGCCCCGCCUUCCUGCCGCACACCUUCCUCGUGUGCUUCAUCCAGUUCGGCAACGUCGCCAGCGCCAGCGGGCUGCUGCUGUGGCUGCCGGAGCUGUUCAACUACCAGGCUCGCUACGCCGAGAUCCACCCCGGCGCCGCCACCAUGUGCGAGGCCGUGUCCGGCGUGCUGCAGGCCGCCAGGAACACCACCAGCGAGUUCGUGCUGGACCCGGAAGUGUUGACUUCCUCAGCGCCCGCCGCCGAGGCGCCCGUGUGCAACGGCGGCACGAUCCUCCCGCAGGUGUACGUCAACGCCCUGUUCAUCGGGGCGGCCAACGUCAUCGCGCCUAUAUUCGGCAGUCUGGUCGUCAACAAGGUUGGAAAGCGGAACCUGCUCGUUUCUUGCAUGUGGGCGACGGGAGUGUCAGCCGUCGCAAUUAAUUUUGUUGAUUCGUCCACGGCCAUUUUGACACUAGCCUGCCUCGUGAUAGGUCUGACGGGUAUGUGCAUUGGUCACAUCUCCGGUAUAGUUUUAGACCUUUUCCCGACCAACGUGAGAGGGAUGGCUGUGAUACUCUCUCUCAUGUGUGGUCGUCUAGGAUCCAUGGUAGGCAAUUUCAUAUUUGGUUCUCUGCUCGACACAUAUUGUGAUGCCGCAUUCUACUUUUUUGGGGGCAUGCUCCUUGUUUGUGGUGUAUUUGGAUGUUUCCUGCCAAAACAAGGCAGAUUUGCAAAUUGAAUUAAUUGAAUUAAUGUCCAAAUCUGUAAACAAUUCAAAUUGCUUCAAGAAGCAGGUUCAAGCCGAAACCUCAGUAAUAUUACACAGUUUCUCAAGCUGUGUUAUUUUGCUUUAAUACAUCCCGCAUUAUAUUUACUCAUGGAACUUAUUGGCUAUUUACUUUUACAAUGUUUAGUAACUCUCAGAAUUGGUGAAAAUAAAUACAAAAACAAAUUA